UGUAAGCCUUAUAAACAACAUUGUACUUUAAAUUUUAUAGUAGACAUGUCGGAAAAUCCAGCCAAGGCAAGUGAUAAAGCAAAUGAGGAUGACAGCGCCGAAGCCGGCUCAUCAAAUAAACAAGAGCCCAAUGCAGAAGAAAACGCCUUGUCACCGCCAGCAGAGAAUGCUCAAACAGAAAAUACGGAGUUGGGCAUGCCUAAGGCAGCAGGGAAUGAUGUGUCACCGCCCGCAGAAGAUUACUUUGGCCCGCCCAUAACUAACGAGCUUGUCGUUACAACGCCACCAAAUACCAAUAACCUAGGCAAAAAUACUGCUCAAGCAUUUAGUGCCAGUGAAACAACAUUGAUUGAGGUUAGUUCGUCUAGUAAAGAACGACGUCUGGAGUAUUUUCGCUCCGGCACCAAUGCGGACUGUGAAGUGCAUGCUGUAAGUGAUGGCGGAGCAGGUUCAGUCUGCUAUAAGAAAUUUCGUUGCCAUCGCAUAUUCUUGGCCACCGCCUCAGAGAAACUGGAAAAGGAUAUUUUUCAAAAUAAACAAUGGAAUGGCAUACUUCUAAUUAAUGGCGUCUCCAAAGAGAGUGUGGAAAUCUUUCUUGAAUAUAUUUACACAUUUGAGGUGUCGCCCAGAUUAGUGGAUCUAAAAAUAAUUGGUGAUAUAUUUGUGCUUGCUUGUGCUUAUAAUAUGCCCGAACUCAUGAGUCAAUUCUCUGAGCAAAUGAAAAGCAAGGACUGGCCAUUGGAUAGUAUCUUUCCGGCCUUUGAUUUGGCAUUUCGGCACAACAUUAUUGACUUGGAGGAGGCUUGCUUAAAGAAAAUAUUGGAGAAUGCUGCAGAUUUAAAAUCGGAAGCCACCAUUAUGAAACUCCAAAUCUAUGCUUUCAACUAUGUUAUACAACAUUGGAAAUCUAUGGAGAUCAUGGCUCAAAGUGAGAUUAUUCAUUUACUCCAAGCAUAUCAGAAGCAUAAUGAUAUACGUUUUAGUAAAGCAGAUGUUUUUCCACAUUUCUCAAAGAUCAUUAAUUACUUUCCAAGCAUACUGCUCGAUGCCGACGGAUUCAUUCAUAAAUACUAAAUUAAUAACAGUCAAAAUUAAGAAUAUAUAAAAAGUGUACAAUGAAAA